ACUAUUGGUAGCUCAGACCCUUGUUGGCCCGCCGCCUGAACUCGUCUCGCCAGCGGCCGAUCUCCUCCAUCCGCUCGCCGGGCCGCAACCCGGCCGGAGAGGAGACUGCGCUCGGUCGAGCAGCCCAGCGUCCUCGCGAUCAGCUCCGGCGCGGCGUCCGCCCUCUGCAGCCCCGGUGUCCCCGCGACCGUCGCUGCUGUCCUACUUCGCCACUCGCCACCUUGGCCGGCGACGAGCACCACCAGGACACCAGGUGUAUGCGGCGAUGGCUCGGAGCCCCUGCGACCUCCGCCUCCUCCUCCUUGCUGCCGCUGCAGCUUUCAUCUACAUCCAAGUGCGGCUCUUUGUUACUCAGUCCCAUUAUGCAGAUCGUCUUGCAGAAGCAGAAAGAUCUGAAAAUCAAUGCACCAGUCAACUAAAGUCCUUGAUCGAUCAAGUCAGCAUGCAGCAGGAGAAGAUUGUAGCAUUGGAAGAGAUAAAGGUACGGCAAGAUGAAGAACGUGCACAUCUGAAGAUUUUGAUAAAGGAUCUUGAAAAAAGGAGUGUGCAGAAGCUACUAGACAAUAAUGUGGUUCCUGUUGCUGCUGUUGUCAUAAUGGCUUGCAAUCGACCGGACUAUUUAGAGAGAACAGUUGAAUCUAUCCUGAAAUAUCAGACAACAGUUGCUUCAAAGUUUCCGCUUUUUAUAUCUCAGGAUGGAGCAAAUGGAGCUGUGAAAAGGAAAGCUUUGGAAUAUAAACAAAUAACAUAUAUGCAGCAUGUGGAUCUUGAACCUGUGCAAACUGAAAGGCCAGGAGAAUUGACAGCAUAUUACAAGAUUGCUAAACAUUAUAAGUGGGCCUUGGACAACCUAUUCAUUAAACAUAACUUUGCUCGAGUAAUCAUUCUAGAAGAUGACAUGGAGAUUGCCCCGGAUUUUUUCGAAUACUUUGAGGCUGCAGCUAAAUUACUUGAUAAUGACAAGACGAUUAUGGCUGUUUCUUCUUGGAAUGACAAUGGGCAAAAGCAGUUUGUUCACGACCCAAAAGCUCUUUACCGCUCGGAUUUCUUUCCUGGGCUUGGAUGGAUGUUAACAAAGUCCACUUGGAUUGAACUGUCACCAAAGUGGCCUAAAGCUUAUUGGGAUGAUUGGGUGAGGCUAAAGGAGGUACAUGGAAAUCGGCAAUUCAUACGCCCAGAAAUUUGUAGAACAUACAAUUUUGGCAAGCAUGGAUCAAGCUUGGGACAAUUCUUUGAGCAAUAUUUGGAGCCCAUUAAGUUAAAUGAUGUUCAUAUUGACUGGAAUUCUGAGGAUCUGAGCUACCUUGGGGAGGAUAAGUAUGUAACCAAAUUUGGAAAAGAGGUAGCUAGUGCCACUCCUCUCCAUGGAUCGGAUGCUGUGCUGAAAGCCCACAAUAUGGCUGAGGAUGUAAGGAUCCAAUACAACGAUCAGGAAGAUUUUGAGCGGAUAGCUCGUCAAUUUGGAAUAUUCGAAGAAUGGAAGGAUGGCAUCCCAAGAACAGCUUUCAAAGGAGUAGUGGUCUUCCGGUACAACAGUAGUCAAAGGCGAAUAUUUCUUGUCAGCCCAGAUUCUCUUAGUCAGCUGGGAGUGUAGUGUAUUGAGAAGGUAAAUUUCACUAUGGAGUUGAGGUGAACCCUUGUUUUAGCAACGGUGGAAAGGCAGGCGAAUAUCAGGGAACGCUUAAUUGAUUCCUGUGAGCAUGGAGCAAUCGGGAUGCAUGGUGAAGAAAAUUUUGAGAAGUGAUUGUGUUGACCCAAGGUACUGAGUAGUAGAAGCAUGGGCUUGGUUUAUUGGACAUUUGCAAGAUAUAAUACAGUGUUUAGUCAGCAAGGGACUUUUUAGCCUGUAGUGUAUUUAGGGUUUACACGUUGCAGUGGUGUACACUCAAAAGAGAAUGUAGCAGGAGCUCACUAGCUGACCUGACACACUCGAUCCUAAGGGUAAAAGAAAGGUGUAUUUUUAUGACCAAAUUUUCUUCUUGGCAUCUUGGAAUAUCAAGAUGGAUGGAAUCUUGGGCAUUCGUAUGUUGUACUGUUUUGUGGUGACUGGCCUUGUUUAAUUGGUGAAAAACUUUAGGUUUGGCUA